UCUUGCUAUGAGGACAGGUUUAAAUGCAAUCUUGCAAACUUUAACGCCGGAAGCGGCAACAGUGUUCAACCAUUCUAUAGCUGAAGCGGGUCGUCGGAAUCACAACCAAACGACGCCGCUUCACGUGGCGGCGACACUUCUCGCCGCGCCAACUGGGUUUCUCCGGCAAGCAUGUAUCCGGUCCCACCCAAAUUCAUCCCACCCACUCCAGUGUAGAGCACUGGAGCUCUGUUUUAGUGUAGCGUUAGAAAGACUUCCAUCUAACGCUACAUCUUCACCUGCGGCUUUAGAGCCGCCGGUUUCCAAUGCUUUAAUGGCGGCAUUGAAACGGGCCCAAGCCCAUCAACGCCGUGGUUGCUCAGACCAACAACAACAACAGCCGUUGUUGACUGUUAAAGUUGAACUUGAACAUCUUAUUAUUUCGAUUCUUGAUGACCCGAGUGUCAGUCGGGUCAUGCGAGAAGCGAGCUUUUCUAGCCCGGCUGUUAAGGCCACAAUUGAGCAGCAUUCAUUAGCCAACAAUGUCGUUUUCCGGCCGUCUUUGCCGGCCGGAACCCAAUCUCCGGUACCCAAUAACCGGAAUUUAUAUAUGAACCAAAUGUUACAAAGAAGUGAUGAAACAUCAGUUUCUUCAAUGAAUCUUUAUCUAAAAAAUCCAAGAUUACAAAUGGGCCAAAAACAGGGGAAUUUGAAUUUGGGUUUUAAUCAACAAGUAAGAGUUGAUGAUGUUAAAAGGGUUAUGGAUACAAUGUCGAAAUCGAAUAAAAAGAAUCCGAUUUUAGUAGGCGAAUUCGGUACCGAAAUAUUGAAGAAAGAAAUUUUGAAGAGAAUUCAAAGUGGUGACAUUUCAACAAUACAUGGAUUCAAGAAUUUCGAUAUCGUUUCUGUUGAAUUUCCUGCGAAAAUCGAUGAACUAAUUGAUGUUAUUAAGGCUAGAAUUCGAAAUGGGAGUGACAGAGGCAUUGUGAUAGAUAUAGGUGAUUUGAAAUGGCUAAUUGAGCAACCAGCAACAACGGAAAUUGGUCGUGAAUCUGUUGCUAAGAUUGCGAAAUUAGUGACUAAAUUUGGGUCAGAGAAUGACAAAAUUUGGUUGAUUGGAACAGCAAGCUGUGAGACAUAUUGGAAGUGCCAAACUUAUCAUCCUUCUUUGGAAAAUGAUUGGGAUUUACAAGUUGUACCAAUAUCAUCCACUUUCUCCAACAGGUUUGGGUCAAAUGGGAUGUUUGGUAGUUCAGUUGAAUCUGUAAAUUUGUUUAGGAACUGUGACCAAAUGCCACCGUGUUGCCCAAAAUGUUUUAAUGAGUAUGAGCAAGAGCUAGUGAAGUUAAAUGAGCUUGAGAAAUCGUGUGUAGAGGCUAAGAGUAAUCUACCUCAGUGGUUGCAAGAUGCAAAAGCGCAGUGUGGUGAAAGCGAGAGUGAUAGUGAUACGAGUAUGCCUAAUCAUUCUCGGGUUAAUGAUCAACAGUUAUUGAAGAAAUGGACUGAUAUAUGCUUGAGAAUACAUCCUAACCAUGAUCAAAGCCCAAAUUUUGCUAGAAUGUUGACAGGCUUUGUACCGAUGGUACCUAUGGUAAAUGCGUAUAAACCAAAUCGACUUCUGGGUCAAAGUCAAACCGGUCAACUACAAGAGAUGCCUCGAAGCCCUGUUCAUACAGAGCUAGUUCUUGGAUCAAAUGAAGUACAUGAGGAUCCAUCUGUGAAAGACUUUUUAGGGUGCAUUUCAUCCGAACCUCAAGCCAAGGGUAAAUUUGCCAAUUUAGAAGAUGCAGACUCGUUCAAGAAACUUCUCAAGGCUCUAAUGAAAAUGGCAUGGUGGCAACCGGAGGCAGCGUCCACAAUUGCUAAAAUCGUAACACAAUGUGGUUCAAGGGGUAGUAUGUGGUGGUUGUUUGCCGGUCCUGAUCGAGCUGGAAAGAAAAAGAUGGCAUCAGUUCUUGCCCAACAUGUCCGUGGGGCUGAUCCGAUCACAAUAUGCCUUGGGUCAAGGCGUGGUGAUAAUGAAGUGGAUACAGGUUAUCGUGGAAAAACAGUGUUGGAUCGCAUUGUUGAAGCAGUUCGGAGGAACCCAUUUUCAGUGAUUGUGCUUUCUGAUAUUGAUGAAGCUGAUAUGCUCGUUCGUGGGAGUAUAAAGCAAGCAAUGCAAAGAGGUCGCCUCACGGAUUCUCAUGGACGUGAGAUUAGCCUUGGGAACAUUAUAUUCGUGUUGACUGGAAACUGGUCAACAACCAAUGCAGAUGAUGAAGUGCUUGACGAGAAGCGGUUAAAUUUGGCUAAUGUUGGCGGCCAGUUGCAGCUCACUGUUUGUGAAAAACGAUCAAAACGCCGAGCUGAAUGGCUUCCCGGGGAAAAUAUGUGUACAAAACAACCAAGGAAAGUAGGGUCCGGGCUUUCACUUGAUCUUAACUUAGCUAUGGAUGUGGAGGAAGACCGGACAGACACAAGUGAUCUCACUAUUGAGCAAGGAGACGAGAAUCCAUGUUUUGCUAUUCCAUCAGUUUCAGUACCAUAUGAGCUUGUAGGCCCAAGUAACGAGGCGGUUAUGUUUAAGCCAGUUCAGUUUGGGCUCAUCCGCCGUGAAAUUGAGAAAACAGUCAAAACCGUAUUUUCUAGCAUCGUGGAUAAGAAACUCUCCAUAGAGGUCGAUGAAUCAACUCUAGACAACAUAUCAAGCGUGCUAUGGUUUGGCACGACAAGUCUAGAAGAUUGGGCGGCACGGGUACUAGUCCCGAGCUUCCACAAGCUCAUUGAACAGUUACCCUCCUCAUUUGAAGACUUGGUGGUUCGUCUUGAGUCCGAUCAAGAUCCGAAUCUCGACCAGGCACACCAUUGCAAAGAUAUGCUGCCAAGCAAUAUUAAAGUAGUAAUAGAUACAGUCUGAAAAAGUAAAGGGGUUAACUUUAAAACUCUUUGCUUCUUUUGGGAUCAUAGUUGUAAAUACACAACUCUAUAAAUAGUGCAGGGAAAAGGCAUAUUCAAACUUUUUUAAGUUUUUUUGGUGGUAUAAACAGAUGGAAAUAUUGUAAUCGAAAGAUGUUAAAAUUGUAUAUAGAUGUUACAA